AUGUCGACCCCUUCAACAGCCACCGCAACACAUCCACACUAUGGCUAUUCCCAUCACCAGGUUGCAUACCAGACCAACGGCACAUAUCCGGCCCCCUCGUCGGGACCUGCUCGUCUAGCGAAUAACUACACUUAUUCUGCCAGCACCCCUACUGCACAGUCUCAUCCGCCUCUGCCGUCCAUCGCCAAGCCGAGCACUUCGUCGAGCAACGUCUCCUACGUGAACAAUACCAGCGGUGCCUCGAUGUCUGCCACCGCCUCGACCCGGAGGAAGAAGCCGAAUUGGCAAGAGUUUUAUAAAAAUGGCCUGCCGAAAGAGGUCAUCGUCAUCGACGACACCCCUCCCCCGGACCAAAACACCGCCUCUCGGUCGAUGAUGCCAACCGCGACAACGACAACAACGGCUAAUGGCCAGCCUGCUGGAAAGAAGAGAAGGACCGGUGUUGAGACGGCAUAUGACCUGAGCUACCAUGACCGUCCCUCGUAUUCCAUGAAUCCGCAACGUUACGGUGAGAAUUCUUCCGUCGGGUCCCUCUCGACCGACCGCACUACAUCGCUGCAUACAACCGCUCCCACAUCGCUCGGGUCGGCUGGCAGUGUGGGAACAACCAAUGGUGUCUACUACGAGGAUGCCAACAUUGGCCAGAAGCGAAAACGCAAUACUCGGACCUCGACUCGACAAGAGGCCAAGCGUCGAGAACUCGAGGGCGUGGGAGAUGCUUUUCUCAGUUAUAUCCCCCCACCCCAGCCUCCAGUCAAAGCAAAAGAAGUGCCUGUGCCAGUAAUCCGUGAUUUCCCAUACUCGAGGCACGAGAAGGUGGAUGAUGACGAUGGACACUACAUCGUAAACCCUGAUACGCCGCUCACCGAGCGAUACUCGAUUGUCCGAUUACUCGGCCAAGGCACAUUCGGCAAGGUUGUCGAGGCAUAUGACAAGCAACGCAAGGUUCGAUGUGCUGUCAAAAUCAUUCGAUCAGUGCAAAAAUACCGAGAUGCCUCGAAAAUCGAACUACGAGUCCUCUCCACCCUAGCCCAAAACGACAAAACAAACCGAAACAAGUGUAUUCACUUGCGAGACUGCUUUGACUUUCGUAAUCACAUUUGCAUUGUCACCGAUCUGCUCGGUCAAAGUGUCUUUGACUUUCUCAAAGGCAAUUCUUUCGUACCAUUUCCAAGCAGUCAAAUUCAAAAUUUUGCUCGUCAACUUUUCACGAGCGUUGCAUUCCUCCAUGACCUCAACCUCAUCCAUACCGAUCUCAAACCAGAGAAUAUUCUCUUGGUUAACAGCCAAUACCAAACCUUCACCUACAACCGCACCAUCCCCUCCUCCUCCCACACCACCGCCCGGAAUGCCCGUCACCGCCGGGUCUUGCUCGACAGUGAAAUUCGAUUAAUUGACUUUGGUUCGGCAACUUUUGACGACGAAUACCACUCGUCCGUCGUAUCAACGCGGCACUAUCGGGCACCUGAAAUCAUUCUAAAUCUAGGUUGGAGUUUUCCUUGUGACAUCUGGAGUAUUGGCUGCAUCCUCGUAGAGUUCUUUACAGGGGAUGCCCUAUUCCAGACGCACGAUAACCUCGAACAUUUAGCAAUGAUGGAGAGUGUGAUAGGGAGCAAAAUUGAUUCCAAACUAGUCAAACAGGUUGUGCAAGGUCGGGGUAAUAGUCAAAACCAGGCUGCCAAAUAUUUCAACCGCAACAAAUUAGACUACCCGAACGAGGAGACAACCCGGGCGUCUCGUAAAUACGUCAAAGCCAUGAAGCAAUUACAUGAAUUCCUACCUGGAGGCACUAGCUUCAACAAGCAGUUCCUUGAUCUUCUUCAGAGAAUAUUUGUCUAUGACCCUAAAAUGCGGCUGACAGCCAAACAAGCACUCAAACAUCCGUGGUUCAAAGAGAGUAUGGUCGAUGAUGGGACUGAAGCUGUACGGCUUGCCAAACUCCAUAAUCGUAUGCAGUCACGAAACUGA